CUUUAUUGGUAGAAAUUUGUAAAAAUACUUGUAACAUUUUCAGUAUAUGUACGUGAAGUAAAUUUUCUACCAGUCAGUAAUCAUACAUCACAUGACAAUUAGUCGUGAUUAGUGAUUAGUUACCGGAGUGUUUACAGUGUAUAUACAUACGUAUAACUUUGUAGAUAUAUAAAUUACAAGCAUGGAAUUUUCAUAAUCAUGAGUCAUGACGAGGACGGUGUGUUCGACGAGGUGGAAAUCAAGGUGGAACAUGACGAAGACAAUUUUGACCAGGUCGUUGACCCGCUGCGUGAUGUAGAUGAAUUUCUUAACGGUCACAAUUGCCAUGGCAGGAUGGAUGUAAGUCUUAAAGAAAACGGGAUGGCGAAAUCCGGGCAAAAAUAUAGCGACCCUGGCAAUGAUUUGUGUGCCACGCUUUCUCCAACAAUGAAAAAUCACCAAGUUAUAAUACGAAAACGGAAAAGAGACGAUUCACCGCCCCCAUCGGCAAAAAGGUCAAAAUCUAGAAUCAGUACCAAUUCCCGACCUCAAACCAACUCCAGCCAGUGUUCGAAAACCACUUGGCAACCAAGACAUGCGGGCCCCUGUCUUACUUCUAAAGUCGACCAGGAUCCAAAAUCUGAACAAACCCUUGGUGCGUCCUCUGUCCCCAGAAGUGAUCGCGACAUCACCCUUCGUGAUGAUGCUGGUGUCGCAGAUGAGACACCUGAAAUCAAGGUUGAAUAUCCCGUCGACUUUGACCUCGACUACAGCGCUGAUGAUCCAGUUCUUGGUGACAAUGACGUUUCCUGCAAGUCUGUGAUCAGUGGCGGCGCAAGUGAGGAAGAAAUGAGUACGCAUGACGAUGACCCUGAUUUCUGCAUUGACAAGGAGAAAAAGAGGAGACGCGGGGGCCCUAAAACAACGCGAGAUACGAAACAACCAAUUCCCCGACGCUAUCCAGAAACCAACGACGUCUGCCACAUUUGUGGGAAACGUUUCCGCCACCGUUUCCGUCUCAACGAGCACCUCAAGCGGCACGAUGAAAGAAACAGGUUCGUGUGCGAGACUUGUGGGCAAAAGUUUCUGGAACGGAAAAGCUUAACGUCGCACCGCAUUAGUAAGCACGGUGGUGACCCGUUUGUUUGCGAUGAGUGUGAGGAAAGUUUUACAACUGCGAAAGGAUUGAGAAAUCACAAGAUGGCCCAUCGUGGUGAGAAACCGCACAAAUGUGAUGUGGGAACCCUGGAUUUGACGGGCACCUCAGAAGUUUUCCUAACCUGCGAUUUCCGUUCGGUGACGAAAUCAGAUUUACAAAGGCACACUAGGACCCACACGGGGGAGCGUCCCUUUCCCUGCCCCCAUUGCGAGACUGCCUUCAAACAAAGGAAACAUUUGAACGCUCACGUGAAAAGGAUUCAUACGCCGGGCUGCCUAAUCCCGAACCGGUUCCCGUGUCGUAACUGUGAAAAAGAUUACACAUCCAAUGCAGAACUGCAGGCCCACGUCCGCCAAGUGCACACGUGGGAACGACCCUUCACCUGUGACGAGAAGGGGUGUGGGAAAGCGUUCGCAAGAAAAAGAUCGCUCGCCCUGCAUGGCAGAAAUAUGCAUUAAAGUGAUAAUCAUCGUUUUUGGCAGAAUUUAUGCCGUAGAAUUUAUUCUUAUCUGUUGUAUUUAUUUCAUCAUGAAUAAAAACCUUCUUGAUUGGUCGAAAAAAA